CAGAGAGGAGGUUGCCUACGUGACCUGCACCUACCGGGAAACGUGCAGCGACCAACCUGACUUCCUGGCCACCGUCGAUCUCAACCCCAGGUCUCCCCAUUAUGGCCAGGUGAUCCACCGCCUGCCCAUGCCCAACCUCAAAGACGAGCUGCACUCCUCGGGCUGGAGCACUGGCAGCACCUGCUUUGACAGUAGCACACCGAAAAGGAACAAGCUGGUUCUUCCCUCUUUGAUUUCCUCCCGCAUUUACGUGGUGGAUGUGGGCUCACAGUGCCGGGCUCCCAAGAUCUCCAAGACAAUUGAGCCAGUGGAUGUGUUCUGGAAGUGCAACAAGGGAUACCUCAGCGUGCCUCGCAGCCUGCCCAACGGGGACGUGCUGAUUGCCAACAUGGGAGACCCAGCUGGCAAUGGAAAAGGUGGAUUCAUUGUGCUGGAUGGAGAAAGCUCUGAGCUGAAGGGCAACUGGGAGAACGAGGGUGAGGUGCCCCCGACUGGCUACGACUUCUGGUUCCAGCCCCGGCACAACGUUCUGAUCAGCUCUGCUGGGCUGGUCCCAAAACGGGCAGGACUUGGGUUUAACCCCGACGACCUGAAGAAAGGGGUCUUUGGGCGCCGCCUGAACGUGUGGAACCUGUCGUGCCGCACCCUGACGCAGUGCUUCGACCUGGGGGAGGACUCUCUGCCCCUGAGCGUGAGAUUCCUGCACAACCCCGACGCCGCCGAGGGAUUCGUCAGCUGUGCCCUCAGCGGCAUCACCUACCGCUUCUACAAGUGUGAGGCGAGUAGCUGGGCAGUAGAGGAGGCGAUUCGGAUACCGGCCAAGGACGUGACGGGGUGGAUCAUGCCCAAGAUGCCAGGUUUGUUGGACCUGGUCAUCUCAACGGAUGACAAGUACCUGUACCUCAGCAACUGGCUGCACGGGGACAUCCGCCAGUAUGAGCUGUCCAGAGGCUGCAAGCCCAGGCUGGUGGGGCAGGUGUUUGUGGGAGGCAGCAUCCUCAGAGGUGGCCCCGUGACCGUGUGCCGAGACGAAGAGCUCAAGUGCCAGCCGGAGCCCUUGGUGGUCAAGUGCAAGCGAGUGUACGGCGGCCCCAGUAAAAUGCAGCUCAGCUUGGAUGGCAAGAGGCUGUACGUCACCAACUCCUUCUACAGCACGUGGGACAAGCAGUUCUACCCCAACCUGGUCAAGGAAGGCUCUGUCCUGCUGCAGAUUGAUGUGGACACUGAGAAAGGAGGCCUGACGGUGAACAAGAACUUCCUGGUGGAUUUUGGAAAGGAGCCCAAUGGGCCUUGCCUUGCCCAUGACAUCCACUUUGCUUCUGGAGAUUCCACCUCUGACAUCUUGGCCUAGGCGCCCCGUGACAGACCCCCUUCUUCUCUUCUGUAGUGCAGCUGUUAGGAAAGAGCGUAGGGCCGUUGGGUUUGGGGGUCCCCCUCCAUUGCUGGAGUCUCUAGAUUGCUGCUCCACGAGCUGUGGCAGCUGUGCCUUGGUGUGAGGGUUGGGUUCA